AUGGCAUGCCCAUCUCCGGAUAGCCCUCCCACAUACGAGCCCAGUAAUGAAGAUUCUCCACCCGCAUACGAUGGCGAAGCCAUCGGUACGAUCUUCCCUGCCCAAUUCGCUAUCUACCGUAAAACUGGCCUCUUGCGUCCCGUUACGGCCGUUCUAGCCGCUCACAAGUCCACGCCGCUGCAUCAUAUAUCGUUGGGAGUUGGGUUAUUGGACGCAGGUUUACCGGAUGUUGCUCUACACGCCAAUGCCAACGAAGGCAGUUCAAUCAUAGCACGUUCGAAGUUAGAUUCUUCAGAUGAUAGCCACUCCGUGCAGUUGACGGACUUUGGCUCGCCAAUUUCUGAAGAUAUAAAGCUCCGCUCGCGCAGUUCUUCCCGCAAAUACGUCUUCACUAUAGAUUGUGAGGGCCCCGGAAUGAAGGCAAAUAGUACACAAGGGUUUGAGUGGCGCCCAAGCCGGGGCCAAGAAGUUCGUGGACUAGGAUUGAGAGACUAUGGAUGGAAACUUGUUUGGCUUGAAGAUCCCACCAACAACCUAGUCGAUCACGGUACGAGCCUGGGUGUUGUGGCUGUUUGGUCUCGGUGCAGCAGUGCCAAUAGUAAGAAGAUGAUGGGUUUCAGGUUUCUGGGCAAGGGCAGUACAGGUGAUUUCGGCAAACGUUGGGAGGUGAUGGCUGUCGUCACAGCUCUGGCAAUCUGGCACACCGAGAUUACGGAUUGA